AUGGCUUCGACAUCGACAGCAACCUCUUCUACCGCGGUAGCCAGCGACAGCUCUCGAGCCCAAUCCGAAGCACGAGCGGCUAUCCUCGCGUCUCUGGAGUCGGCGGGAUCAGGUUACGACAGUCAGCUGCAACGUCGAGCAGCGGACCUACACAGCAAUGCGGCCGCCAUCGCCAAACAAGAAGCCGAACUGAAGAAGCAAACCGCGGCGCUGGCCAAAGAGAAUGCCAAGUGGCAAAAGGAGCUCACCAAAACCACGAAGGGGCUGAAUCACUACGGAGAUCUACAGAACUGGGCCGAGACGAUGGAGCGGGACUUUGCGGUGCUGGAGGAGACCUUGCGACUGGUGGAGGGAGGGCAGGAAGUCGAGAGGGCCAGCGGUGGAAGCCAAUGGCGUUGA